CGUAGUAAUAAAUAGCUUUGUUCAGAAGUUUUUUUUGCUAAAACUUGUUCUCUCGCGAAAAAGAGAUGGAACAGUCUAUAAGAGAUGUAUUGAGGGCUCAUCGGGUUGUAAUCGCGGACAACCUGCAAGAAAGAAGAGUAGUCGAACAUCUCUUUGCCGAAGGUGUUUUGGACCAAAUUGAUAAAGAGGAAAUACACGCAGAAACGUCAAGAUUCAGUAAAUGCUGUUUGCUGUUGGAUAAGCUUCCUCGGAAAGGCCCUAAUGCGUUUGAAAGGUUCUUGCAAGCUCUCAGACUUUCUGGCCAGGGGUUUUUGGCGGAUACGUUGACAGGUAAAUUAAUCAUAAGCUUACGGUUAACGAUCACGUUCAUUGAUCAAAUCAAAAUAACCGCAGAGGGCGCUACAAUGUAUGAAUGAGCGUUGUCGCUUAAAUAUUCCCUUAGCGUUUGAUUGUUUUAACGGAAAAGAUAAAUAUUAUGUGAGGCUAAUAUCUCGACUAAUCUCGGUUUGAAUAAAAUUUUGUAAGUUAUAUUAGUUCGAGAAUCGUGGGUGCCAUUAAUGUAGUGUAUGAGGGACCAGCCCACAAAACAGCAUGGAAACAAACCGCGCCGACUGAUUCCGGCCCGGUCAUUUUGAUUUUUGGAAAGCAGCAGUAGCUUCUACGGAAAAACCUCCACGCCUAAGACUGAGCGUGGGAGCAAAAAUACAUCGUCGUAAACGUUCAAAUCGUUGUAUUUUCUGAUUGACGUGGUUCGUGUGGGUGCAUGAAUGAUGUGCGUAAAAUAAAAAAAAUAGACCUUGUCACGGUUUUCGACGCCAGCUUGAGGAGUAGGCAAACGUGUGAGAAAUUACAGUGUUUGUAUAGGAAUCUAAUACCGAAUAAUUUCCGUAAAACGGCUGUUCUGAAAAAAAAAAUCAAUUGUAAACUAAAGCUACAAAGCAAGGGAUUGUCCUACAAAAAUUCUUUACCUGUGCUUAAAUUUCUCCAGAGGCUUGCUUUAGAUUUCCCAUAUAUUUGUCCGUAAUUUUCCUGGGACUUUCUUACAGACAAAUGUAUAGAAAAUUUUAAAAAGUGGUUCUAGGUCUUCUAGUGCAUGUAACGCCCUCAAAUUUUUUUCAGGAGAAUCGUUGGGAGUGAAGCUUUAGUUUACAAAUCAUAUUUUUUUCAGAACAGCCGUUCUACGGAAAUUAUUCGACGUUAGAUUCUCAUACAAUCACUGUAAUUUCUCACGCAUUUGCCUACUCGUCCAGAUGGCGUCGAAAACCGUGACAAGGUCUGUAGCAAAGUGGAACAGGGAGAGCAAGUUCCAGACCAUUGAACAACAAACAUAACAUCAAAAGUGUUGGGAAGGCAGCUACUUUUGACCCCCUUUUGUUUUUCUUUCUCCCCCCACUCCCAGCCCAAUGUUGAACAAAACUCUGAUGUUUGUGCUCCGUUGUGGUCCCAACAUUGAAUGUGGGUGGAUGGGGGGUAAUAGUAAAAGGGAAAACAAUCUUUUUGAACAUUGAAAUGAACUACUGUUAAGUUGUACAACCUUCCCAACUACUUUUGUCUGAGAUUGUAGCUUGGCUGCAUGGGAAGGUACAAUCUUGGACAAAACUGUUGAGAAAAUUGUAUACUUGGACAGCAUUUUUCUAAACAUCGAAGCUGUACUGGUUCUUCCCUCUCUCCCUUCCCCUGAAAGCAAUGUUGUUGUGUAUUCAAAAGAAAGCCUAAUCCCUGGGUGUUUGUGGGAAGCAACAUUGAAUUUGUGGAGGUUUUUUUUUUUCCGCAAAGGCGUCGUUUUGGAAAGAGUUUUGUUGCGUAGGAAAGUGGACACGAUGGGGAAAACUUUCUCAAGUAGUUUUGUCCGGGAUUGUAGCUUGCCUACUUUGGAGGCUAGCGGGAGGCUAUUGUAGAUGGUUUGGACAGACAGUUCAGAUAGAUGGUUUUUUAUCUUGAUUAUUGAACAACAAGGUGGAGAGUGGCAAAUUAAAUGUAUGGACAAUAAAGAAUAUUAGAAUAUGAUUUACUAUAAAAAAAAUACAGUACAUGUAUGUGCAGAACUUACAGUACUGUAGUAGGUUCAGGUUAAUGGUGAACAGUAGGAUUAAAGGGAAAGAAGCCAAGAAAGAUAAAAAGUAAGAAAAAAACAACAGCAACAACAAAAAACAAAAAAAAAAAUUCAAACCUGUCUCAUUUUGCUUGUGAGGGAUAUUCCUUACCACUAUAUACCAGGGUUGGUUAAUUCAUCAUUUGAUUUCAUCAGUAAUAUUGAGAACAGGGAUGUAACCUAGGGUUCCAGGGUAUCUACAAGUUGAAUUGCAUUUGAAUGAACUAUAAUAUAACAUUACCAUGCAAAUAUUAUAUGCAUCCCUUGGUAUUAUUUUAUAGGAGAAUCCAGCGCAGGAGCAAAUUUAAGCCAAUCAAGGUCAUUUGGUCUCCCAAACAAGGUUCCUAAAUUUGUUGGCAGGUCAGAUGUUUGUGAGGAAAUCUCAGGGCUGCUGACUUCUCUAGAAACAACCCUUGUAUCUCUGAUUGCUCCACCUGGAUUUGGAAAGACAGCUGUUGCGAUUACUGUAGGCCAUGAGAUUCUAGAAAAGGGAAAAGAUGUUUUGUAUGUUUCCUUAAGAACAGUGGACUCUGUUGAAGGUGCGGCAAAGAGGUUGCUCGAGGUGAUAGGCAUCCCAGUUGACAAGGAUCCUGUUGCGCAAGUAAAAAGUUUCGUCUCAUCCCUUAAAAAAGAAACCAUACUAGUCCUGGACAAUGCUGAGGACUUGCAAAAUGCAGACAAGCCUGCCUGUAAUCAGUUUUUGGAGGUAGUUGGUGAACAUGGAAAAAAUCUUGUUAUUUUAAUAACAAGCAGGAAUCCAUUGUCAGUGUUUGAUUUUCCUUUCAAAAAGCAUCGCAUUCCUCUGAAGCCUUUAGAUGAUGUAGCAUCAUUUUUCUUUCUGAAACAUUAUGCUCCUAACAUUUCAGACCAGCUUGCAAGACAUUUUGCAAACCAAAAGGUGUGUGGUGGUGUUCCUUUGUUUUUGAAAUUGACAGCAUCAUUCUUGGAAAGCAAGACAAUCGAUCCCAUAGAUCUUCACAGAAAGCUUAAAAACUGUCCACAUGGUUUUCUGAAAGUAAAGGAUCCUAACAUUCAAGAAUUUUUCUCCCUUCUUAAGGUUUUCUACAACCAUUUACGACCUGAAGUGAAAAAGGGUCUUUCUUGGCUAGCUGCAUUUCCAUCUGUUUUCACCAAAAUGGAUGCAAAGAAUGUUUUGUUUUGCAAAGAUGAUUACUUUGAUUUUCAAAUCUUACUGAACAGUUUAGUGUCUCACUCAGUGGUUCAGGAAGAAGAAGUUGACAAUCAUCAGCAGUACAGUUUGCAUCCAUUGGUGCAAGCAUUUUGCAUUGCAUGCAGAGAGGAUGAGUGUAAAGGGUACAAUAUGGCAAUCAGGCUUUUCUCGUAUCAUUAUCUCGCUCUUCUACAACAACUGAAUGAUGAUUUCAUUACCACUAACUGCAAGGUUGCGAUAGACAAGUAUCAGAUGAACAAAGCAAACAUUGCUCAUGCCCUUUCAGCAUCAACAGAGGAUGAAGUUUUAAAAUGUUAUGGAAUUAACGUGUCAACAGAGACUGUGAAUUUCGUGGCAAAAGUCAUGAACCAGGAUGAAUUUAUAUCAACAUAUGACAAGUUUCUGGUGGUUGCAGAAAAGUUGCCUGACAAAACUCUUUACAGUGAGUGCCUUGUGUCCAUUGGAUUCAAACAGCUUUGUUACUAUAGCUACAAAGAUGCCCAUCGCACAACAGCCAAAAUGAACCUUCAAAAGGCACAUGAUCUGCAAAUUGAUCUUGGAAUUUAUGACACAGAAUGUCAAGGUCACUGCAAGUGUAAGCUAGGGCUUUGCACUUUUCUUGCUGGAGACAGAAAGAAGGGCAUCUCCCUCAUUGCACAAGGUAUUGGUGUGCGUCGCAAGUUGGUGCGCUCUAAUCACUCAGGAAAAAUGGAACGGAUGCUUUUAGCUGGUGGAUUCUGUGACCUGGGAAGUAAGUACUUAUUUUUACAGAAGUAAAUGAUUUUUACAAAAAUUAAGUAUAUGGUUUAUAGUAAAAGUGCUACUGAAGUUAUAUGUAGUUUACGAGCACUCCACUCAGAUAAUCAUAUUUAGACAAAAGACUUGUGAUCCAAUAAACAUGAUUUAAAAUCCCAAUGGGUCAGAGACAACGCAGUUGGCUAUUUUCAUGCGCCAUGAUCAAGAAGUUAAACUUGGGUCAAAUGAGAAACUAAUCCGCAGCUAGUAGGACUUAAAUGGGGACUUGCAACAUGUUGUCCCCAUAUCAAUGGCUUUAGCUGAAUUUUUCCUAGGUGAAACUCAAAGGGUACAGAUUUUUGUGUAUAAAGGCCAUCAGUGACCAGCCUGCAAAGAAAGUAGUCUCCGAUACCCUGGGGCUAGUAGAUUUUGCUAUUGAGCUGGUGAAUUCUGUUCUUUGUUAACUUGCCGCAAUGAGCAAGUGAAGUUUUUUGGGGGAGUUCAAAUAUCAGAGAACAACCGUAAUCAGUGUGCAUCCAAAAAUGUUUUGUGAGCUAUUUGAAAUUAUUUUUUGGCUAGUUCAUGUUAGCUACAGCUUGCCUGGAUGGCAAGUUGUAAAUCUGACUUUCUUUGCACCCUGGAUCCGGUGACUUUUGAUAAACUGCAAGGUUUUCCUUCAACUUGGCCUUUUUUUUUGUUGCACAACAAAUUACUGGACAAAGUAUUAUACACAACAUCAAGGGUUUCAUAAGGCUUUGCUCUAUGAACUCAUCAGUACCCUAACUAGAAAAGGUUUAGUUCUACAUUACAGUCAAGCCUGGGCAAGCAUACCUCCAAGAUGCCAUUAAUCAAUUUAUUAUGAUUCAAAAGUUGAAUUAAUUUGUAGUUGUAUUGUAGAUUUCAGAUUCAUUUCUGCAUUCUUGCAUGUGUAAUGAAUUGUGAAAAACAUAAGGCAGUUGUGAAAUUUCUACCAGCUCAGUUUCUCUGUACUGAUAAAUAUGUCUUUGAAGCAAUUUUAUCCAUUCAAAGAUUUUCAAUCUGACCAAAUAAAGAGAAGUUCUCUUAAAAUAUCCACUGCUCUUUAUACAUGCAGGAAUGCCAAUUUGAAUUUGACUCUAGUUAUGGGAAUGACUUGUGGAUUCAUUUUUCAAAUAAUCAAUUCAUUAACAGAGUCUUGGAGGGUAUGCUUGACCUGCCUUGACUGUAUCAAGUAAAAACUAAUGAGAAGAACCAUUUUUCAGCGGUCGUCACGAUGUCGUUGUUCACAUGAUUCUCCUUGUUUUUUAUAGUGUGUCCCUCUUAUAAAUGCCACAAUAUAUUCUUACUAUGGGUUUUUCUAUUUUUCAGUGGCCUUGUUUACAAGCGGUCAGCACAAGGCAGCUCUCAAUAUUUGGGAGAAUAUAUGUUUGGUCAAGUACCGUGAACUGUUGGGUACGCACCCCUUCACUGCCUCACUGUUGGACCACAUUGGUAAAAUUUAUCAGGCCCUUGGUAAACCUCGACGAGCUGUUGCUUUGAAGAAAGAGUCUCUUAGAAUGAGACACUUAUUGUUAGGUAUGCAAGGUUCAUAGUUUUGAAAUGGAAGCAUUAUAUAAACACCUUAAUUUUUUCUAAUAACCUGCUCAUAACAUAUAAUUAAUAUGUUAUAACUUUAAGGUAAAUUAUUAAACAUCAGGGAUUAAAAGAAAACCUGAUUUCAGACUUUUCCUUUGGGCAAGCAGCUCUUGCAUCUUGCUUGUCCAUGACCACUGCUUGAUUUUCUUAGUUAAUGAUUUAUCUUGUUUGUAUUAAAUCUCAUGGGUCUCUAGUAUCAUUUGCCCUGUGAAAUGUUAUCCAAAUUUCAGAAUCCAGGAAAUUUUUGCCCAUGGAAUCCAGAAUCUGGGGAUUUUUUUCUUGUGGAGUCGGAAAUCGUGGUCUUUGGAAUCCGGAAUUGAGCUUACGGAAUCCAGAAUCCAAGUUACACUGACAAGGAAUCCAGAGUCCUUCAACUGGAAUCCACAGCAUGGAAUCCAGAAUCUAAGACUUUCUUGGAUUAUCUUAUACACAUAAAACAUGUUUUGCAUAAUGUUAAUUCAUUACAGACCUUACAACUCCCUAACCCAAUCCUGCUAUCAAUUUUUUGAAUUUUUCAGGUGAUGAUAAUCUUGACACAGCCAGAGCGUAUUAUGGUUUGGGCUGUGCUCUCAAGGGGUUAGGAUCCACACCAGAAGCAUUGGAGAAUUUUAAGAAAGCCCUAGAGAUCCAGUGUCGUGUUAUUGCUUCCAAAGAAGAUAUUGAGAGAACUAAACAAGAGAUGAAUUCUCUGCGAGGAAGUGACGUAAGGGCAGAGUCUUCAUGUCGCAAGCUUCAAGAGUUGCAUCUUGAAACCCCAUGUAAUGUCUUGUCUCAUCACAGUAUGGCAUGUUGAUUCAGGAUGUCACUGGAUUUGAUAUAGUGCUCUACUCACAUGUUUGUGUUUUGAACCCCUUCAAGUAGCCUGGAACCAGGCCCCAUAAUGGGAGAAAAAGGCCAUUUCAGGAGCAGAUUGGUGGACUUGGGACGGGGAACCAGGCUAUCCUGUAUGUAGUUGAAUAAGCACCCAGUAGCAGUAACUGUUUUCAGACAAACAGCUCUCUUCUGUAGAAUUCUUUAGAGUAUACAAUCAGCCCUACUGCUAGUCAAUGAGGCCUGCAGUGCAGAUUACAUAACAUGUUGCAGUGUGCUUACAAAGUAUCUUUUCUAGAUACAGUUCCCAGACACAACUAAGCUGUGCUAAACAAAGCACUG